AUGUCCAGUGUUGAAAAAAGUGCUGAAACUGCUUCCUAUACGUCGCAGGUCAGCGCAAGCGGCUCUGCAAAGACCAACAGCUACCUUGGCCUCAGAGGCCACAAACUUAAUUUUGCUGUCUCUUGUUUUGCUGGUGUUGGUUUCUUACUUUUCGGUUACGAUCAAGGUGUCAUGGGUUCAUUGUUGACCUUGCCAUCCUUCGAAAACACUUUCCCGGCCAUGAAGGCUAGCAACAACGCUACCUUACAAGGCGCCGUUAUUGCACUUUAUGAAAUCGGUUGUAUGUCUUCUUCUUUAGCAACCAUUUACCUUGGUGACAGAUUGGGUAGAUUGAAGAUCAUGUUUAUUGGCUGUGUAAUUGUCUGUAUUGGUGCUGCUUUGCAAGCUUCUGCUUUCACUAUUGCUCACUUGACUGUUGCUAGAAUUAUCACUGGUUUAGGUACAGGUUUCAUCACUUCUACUGUUCCAGUUUACCAAUCGGAGUGCUCUCCAGCCAAGAAAAGAGGACAGUUGAUCAUGAUGGAAGGUUCUCUUAUCGCCCUUGGCAUUGCCAUCUCAUACUGGAUUGACUUUGGAUUUUACUUUUUGAGAAACGAUGGUUUGCACUCCUCGGCUUCUUGGAGAGCACCUAUCGCGCUUCAAUGUGUCUUCGCUGUCUUGUUGAUUUCCACAGUCUUCUUCUUCCCAGAAUCUCCAAGAUGGUUGCUCAACAAAGGUAGGACCGAAGAAGCUAGAGAAGUUUUUUCUGCUCUUUACGACUUGCCAGCCGACUCUGAAAAGAUUUCUAUUCAAAUUGAAGAAAUUCAAGCUGCUAUAGAUUUAGAAAGACAAGCCGGAGAAGGUUUCGUACUUAAGGAAUUGUUCACUCAGGGCCCAGCCAGAAACUUGCAGCGUGUGGCCUUGUCAUGUUGGUCUCAAAUAAUGCAACAAAUCACUGGUAUUAACAUUAUUACGUACUAUGCUGGUACUAUUUUUGAAUCAUACAUUGGUAUGAGUCCAUUUAUGUCAAGAAUCUUGGCUGCCUUGAACGGUACUGAAUAUUUCCUUGUCUCUCUUAUUGCUUUCUACACCGUCGAAAGAUUAGGUAGAAGAUUCCUUUUGUUCUGGGGUGCCAUCGCCAUGGCUCUUGUCAUGGCUGGUUUAACUGUUACCGUUAAACUUGCCGGUGAAGGCAACACCCAUGCUGGUGUCGGUGCUGCUGUUCUUUUGUUUGCAUUCAACUCAUUCUUCGGCGUCUCCUGGUUAGGUGGAUCCUGGUUGUUACCACCUGAAUUGUUGUCUUUGAAAUUGAGAGCUCCUGGUGCUGCUUUGUCGACCGCUUCUAACUGGGCUUUUAACUUCAUGGUUGUCAUGAUCACUCCUGUCGGUUUCCAAAGUAUUGGUUCCUACACCUACCUUAUCUUUGCUGCCAUCAAUUUGUUGAUGGCUCCGGUCAUCUACUUCUUGUAUCCCGAAACCAAGGGUAGAUCGUUGGAAGAAAUGGAUAUCAUUUUCAACCAAUGUCCUGUUUGGGAGCCAUGGAAGGUUGUCCAAAUUGCCAGAGACCUCCCUAUUAUGCACUCAGAAGUUCUUGACCACGAAAAGGAUGUCAUUAUUGAAAAAUCUAGAAUAGAGCAUGUCGAAAACAUCAGCUAA